AAUUUCAAUAUUUGCAGAUCGUCAGGAAGACCAAUGCUUCACAAGAGGUCCAAAGUGGAGUUCCACCCUCUAGGUGUCAUUGGGGCAAUUGUUUCAUGGAAUUACUCUUUCCACAAUAUUUUUAACCCAAUGCUUGCUGCAGUCUUUUCUGGCAAUGGUAUUGUGAUCAAGGUUUCAGAAAAUGCAAGCUGGUCUGGAUGUUUCUACUUCCGAAUAAUCCAAACAGCCCUUGUUGCCAUUGGGGCUCCGGAAAAUCUGGUCGAGGUAAUUACAGGGUUUGGUGAAACAGGAGAAGCACUUGUUUCUGCUGUUGAUAAAAUCAUAUUUGUUGGAUCACCAGGUGUGGGCAAGAUGAUAAUGAGAAAUGCUUCAGAGACUCUUAUACCAGUUACACUUGAGCUUGGCGGCAAAGAUGCAUUUAUCGUAUGUGAAGAUGUGGACAUUGCUCAUGUUGCACAAAUUGCUGUUAGAGCUGCUUUGCAAUCAAGUGGACAAAAUUGUGCUGGACCUGAAAGGAUUUAUGUUCACAAGGACAUUUAUCCUUCAUUUGUUAGUCAAGUGAAAAAAAUUGUAAAGUCUGUUUCAGCUGGUCCACCGCUUGCUGGGAGAUAUGACAUGGGUGCCAUAUGCUUGCAAAAUCAUUCUGAGAAGCUUCAGAACCUUGUUAAUGAUGCCUUAGAGAAAGGAGCUGAAAUUAUAGCCCGUGGAAGAAUUGGUCGUUUAGGUGAAGGUGCAGAGGAUCAAUUUUUCCCACCCACUGUGCUUGUAAAUGUAAACCAUACCAUGAAGUUGAUGCAAGAAGAGACUUUUGGACCAAUCAUGCCCAUUAUGAAAUUCAGCAGUGAUGAAGAGGUUGUCGAGCUUGCAAAUGAUUCAAGAUAUGGGCUUGGCUGUUCUGUUUUCUCUGGAAGUCAGCAGCGUGCCAGAGAGAUAGCUUCCCAGAUACAUUGUGGAAUUGCUGCAAUUAAUGAUUUUGGAUCAACCUACAUGUCCCAGUCCCUGCCAUUCGGUGGUGUAAAAGAUAGUGGGUUUGGACGAUUUGCUGGUAUAGAGGGAUUGCGAGCUUGCUGUCUUGUUAAGUCAGUUGUUGAGGAUAGAUGGUGGCCUUAUGUCAAAACGAUAAUACCAAAGCCUCUUCAGUAUCCCAUUGCAGAGAACGGCUUCGAGUUCCUAGAGUCACUUUUAGAGGCACUUUAUGGUUUGAACAUAUGGGACCGGCUGCGAGCUCUAGUCAAUGUUUUAAAGAUCCUUUCAGAUAAAAAUUCUUCUGCCAGUGGUAAUAGAAGAAUUGAAUGAGCCGAAGAAUGGGCUAAAAAUAAGACGCACAUCACCUGUAGUUGAAGCCUUGUCAGAGCAUGUUAAGGACUUUGUUGCAUUGACUUUCACUACCAAUUUCCACCCUUACAAUGUUGUACUACCACUGUUUGAGACUACGUUUUCCACCUCUAAUAAUACAUGCUAAACAAUUAAUAAUUGCUUUAAUAGUCU